AUGGCCCAGGAAUUCAUGGACAGGUUCCGGUUCAACACCGAGACUGUCCCAGACCGAUUUUAUUUGAUGAAGCUAGAGAGAAAAUCAACAGAAACCUUCCGAGAAUACGCUAUGCGCUGGAGAGCAGAAGCCGCAAAAGUCCAGCCCCCAAUGGCAGAGAGUGAGAUGACAAUGCUUUUUGUACAAUCUCUAAAAGAUCCCACAUACUAUGAGAGAAUGUUAAGCGUCAUCGGACAGAAAUUUUCGAAAGUCAUCAGGAUGGGGGAUUUCAUUGAAGAAGGGAUUAAAACGGGAAGAGUUACGAAUCUUGCGGCCUUGCAGGCUACGAGUAAGGCUAUUCAGGCAGAUCCUUCUAAGAAGAAGAGGGACGGAGUGUCCCCGGUCAUGGCCAUCCAGGAUCGAAGACCAAACCAAAAAUUAACUCACCAAUACCCUUCACCCCAGCCAUCGUACUACAGCCAAUACACCCAAACACCUCAGCCUUACUACCAACCUCCACCUACUCCCCUUCCUGUUUACCAUACUCAACCUGCAUACUACUCACCUCGAGCCCCUUCCUAUCAAAGCCCAUCACAAUACCGGCCAACCUACUCACCACAACCCCAAUACCAAUCACCAAAUCGCCCACAAAACGCACCCAGACCGCGCCCAAACGUCGAAAGAAAACCAACCAAGACUUACACACCAUUAGCCGAACCCUUAGCCCAACUGUACGAAAGGUUGAGAAUUGCAGGUAUACUCCAGCCGAUCCAGGGAAGAAUUCCUAAUCCCCUUCCUGGGUGGUACGACGGGAUCAAACAUUGUGCGUAUCACUCAGGAGUUACUGGGCAUGAUACCGGAAAUUGCCUUGCUCUCAAGGACAAAGUUGAAGCAUUGAUCAAGGAAGGGGUCAUACAGCUUAAGGAAGCUCCCCCAAAUAUAAACGACAAUCCGCUGCCCCAUCAUGGCAAUGCAGAUGUGCACAUGAUUGCCAUUGACGAAGAUUGCAAUUUGGAGGGGACUAUCGUGUCGGUUAAAGGAAAGGAGAAGGUUGAAUCGUCGGCUUGUGUAGCUCCAGUAAUCACAGUUCAAACGAGUGCCCCAUUUGAAGUGCUCACUCCAAGGCCUAGGAUCACGACCUUAGUUGCUCCAGCACCUUCUCGCAACACCAAAGCGGUCACUUGGGUUUAUCAGCCCGAUGAAAUGGACAAAGCGAAAGGAAGAUUGGUGGUGGAAACCGUUGCGGCCGGAAUGACUAGGUCUGGACGGUGCUAUGCUCCCGAAGAGGUAGCACGAGGGGUGCCAAGCAAGGAAAAUGGCCUGAAGAAGACUGUUACCGAGGCCGAAGUCGAAGAAUUCUGGAGGAAAAUGCCAACCAAAGAAUACUCUGUUGUGGAACAAUUGAAGAAAACGCCAGCCCAGAUUUCCUUAUUGGCAUUGUUGAUGAAUUCUGAAGCUCAUAGGAGUGCUCUAGCGAAAGUACUGAAUGAAGCCUAUGUUUCGCCCGAGACUUCCAGCGAGAAACUGACAGCUAUAGUAGGGGAAAUCCUUGAAGCCCACCGGGUUUCUUUUCAUAAUGACGAGUUGCCACCCGAAGCUGUGAAUAUAUGUCCUGUUACUACUCUACGAGCCUUAGGGAUUGAUGUCGGGAAACUCCGCGACAGUCAGGUCAGAGUCAAAGGUUUUGAUGGAGCCCAAAGAGACGUUGUUGGAGAGAUCGACUUGGCUCUGGAGAUUGGGCCUGUGGAGUUCAUGGUGGAGUUCCAAGUAAUGGACAUAUCUACUAGUUACAACCUGCUGAUAGGAAGGCCAUGGAUCCACAUGGCUGGCGCGGUUCCCUCCACCUUGCAUCAGAGUCUGAAGUUUGUUUGGAAUCAUCAAGAAGUGGUGAUCCAUGGAGAAGGCAGCAAUUCCCUCUACCCAUAA